GUGAAUGAAUAUGGAGAAGGUGAAGCCUUGGAGAGUGAGCCAAACCAGGGCCACAGAUCCAUUCACUGUCCCUGCUGCACCAACAGAUGUUGAAAUCACCAGCAUAACAAGUGAGACAAUGACAAUCUGCUGGAAAAGACCUGAGUCCGAUGGAGGAAGCAGCAUUUCUGGCUACGUUAUUGAGAAACGAGAGAAAUUAGGAAUGCGCUGGGCACAGGUGAACACAAAGCCUGUGAAUGACCUUAGGGUCAAGGCAUCCAAUCUCUGUGAGGGAUGUGAGUAUGAGUACAGAGUCUAUGCAGAAAAUGUUGCAGGCUUGAGUCCCCCAAGUAUUCCUUGCAAACUGACAAAAGCAGAGGAUCCACAAUUUCUGCCGUCCCCACCAGCUAAACCCAAAGUCAUUGACUCAACCAAGACUUCUGUAACUCUUUCAUGGAAUAAGCCGUUGUUUGAUGGGGGAGCUGCUGUAACAGGAUACUGCGUUGAAUAUAAGAGAACCGAUGAGGAGGACUGGUUCGUCGGUGUUUCAAACACAGAGAACACUGAAUCCACUGUCGUUGGUUUGACACCUGGUGCAGAAUAUAUAUUUGUUGUCAAAUCCAUCAACAAGAUUGGUGUCAGUGAGCCAAGCCCUCCUACUGAUCCACAAGCAGCUGAGGACCGAGAAGAGAAACCACAGUUUAAUAUCAGCAAUGAGAUGCGAAAGACUCUUCUUGUAAAGGACGGCAGUUCUUUCACCUUAACUGUGCCGUUCAGCGGCAAGCCUUUUCCUAACGUUAUGUGGGACAAGGCAGAUGUUGACCUGAGAGUGAGGGCCAGUAUUCAUACCACUGGAUACCGUCACGUCUAUCACGGUGGAUCAAGCAACAAGAGACGACUCAGGAAAAUAUACAGUAACUUUACAAAACGUUGCUGGAAAAGUCACAUGUACGUUAAAUGUCAGGGGUUCUUGACUCUCCUGGUCCACCGUGUCGUGCUGCGGUCAAGGAUGUUACCAAGAGCUCUGCAACAGCUGCCUGGGAUACCCCAGAAAACGAAGGUGGUGCUGCUGUCACCAACUACCUUGUUGAUAUUCGUGAGGUGAACAACAAGGAUGGACCAGAGUCACAGAUUCAUGUCCUCGUCUGACCUACAGAGUGUCAGAUCUACAAGAGGGAGGUGUGUACUACUUCAGAGUCACUGGUGAAAACCAGUAUGGAACCGGCUUGCCAGCUGAGACCAAAUACGGAGCAAUGAUUACAGAAAAACCAAGCCCACCACAAACCAUCGAAGUCACCGAGAUCACCAACGAAAGCGUGUCCUUGUCAUGGAUUAAGCCCGAGAAUGACGGAGGGAGCAGAAUCACCAGUUAUCGCAUCGAUGCUCUCGAGAACGGUCAGGAUAAAUGGGUGAAGUGUGGUGUCACCAAGACCGUCCACUUUGUGGUGUACGACCUGAAGGAAGCUACUCAAUACUUUUUUAGAGUUCGUGUGAAAACCACGCUGGAU